UAGACCCACUCCUUACCUACUCACUGCACUGCAUGUACAGAUACUAUGGCUGGCAAAGUGGACCUCAAGGUUGUGCUCUUAGGGAAGGAGUACGGCGGCAAGACAAGUCUCGUGGAGCGCUACAUCCACGGCAAGUUCAACUCGAACGCCCCUUAUCAAAGCACUAUAGGAGCAGCGUUUGGAGCUAAGAAGGUAUCUGUGCAGGGGGAGUCAGUCACACUGGGUAUAUGGGAUACUGCUGGAUCUGAGCGCUAUGAGUCAAUGAGCAGGAUAUAUUAUAGAGGUGCCAAGGCCGCCAUUGUGUGCUUUGACUUGACAGAUUCUGCAAGUUUUGAUCGUGCCAAGUUCUGGGUGAAUGAACUAAAGCAGACAGAAGAGGAGUGUGUGGUGUACUUGUGUGGUACUAAAUAUGACCUUGUGGAAGAGAACAAGAAGUUGCGCAAGAUAGACUCUGCAACUAUUAAAGAUUAUGGUGAUGAGAUACAAGCCAAGUAUGCAGAGACUUCAGCCAAGACUGGCUAUAACAUUGAAUCUCUGUUCCUCAACAUUGCUGAUGAUUUCAUUCAAAACUCUCGCAGUAAGGCUUCCAACAGACCAGACACUGGAGCUGGGGGGACUGGGACUGCCCUAAGAUUGGAAAACCCCACGCCCAAGAGGGACAAGUGUUCCUGUUGACCCCACACGAUCAUGUCUCUCAGCCAGCACUUUUUAAAGACUUUAUUAAUUAGUUUCUCUAACUGUUCACAAGUAUUGUCCCUUCAUGCAUUGUACACGUCGUAUGUUUGUACUUAUAUAUGGAUGUCUUUAUUUUGACACGUGCAAUCACACAAGUUAUAUAAAAUCUCA